GCGAACUUUGUCAAGUGUCAUAGGUUACGAUCGGUUUCCUAUACCUCUUCCGAUCACGUUCCUUCACAUUCGCAGUCCCGCGAGAUCCAGAAUUCUCACUGGUCUCAACUCUCCUCUUGCAUUUUUACGCCUGUUUUGCCCAUCAUGGCCGGUCACUUCCGCAGCCUGCCUCCUCAGGCCUCGCAGAAAUUCCCCCCUUUUCCACAGUUCUCGGGUUUUAUGAAACCAUGUCGCUUCGAAGGGGAGGUCCAGAACCUCGAGGUCAUCGGCUCUAUUCCUCUUGAGCUGGAUGGGACUUUCUACCGUGUCAUGCCAGAUCCACAGCUCCCGCCGUUGAUUGAAGACGAUCCAUGGUUUAACGGCGACGGCAACGUCAGCGCCUUUCGUGUUCAGUCAGGAAAGGUUCAUUUCAAGCAGAGAUAUGUUCGCACCGAGAAAUUUCUCAAGGAGAAAGAGGCGCAGCGUGCUUUGAUGGGCAAAUAUCGCAACAAAUACACAGACGCUGUUGAGAUCAAAAUUCGAAGCACUGCCAACACGAACAUCUUUUACUUCAACGGAAUGUUGCUGGCCUGCAAAGAGGAUUCUCCACCCUACGCCAUGAACCCAGAAACUUUGGAGACGAUUGGGCUUUGGGAUUUCAAUGGGCAGCUUCCCAGCUUGACAUUUUCUGCUCAUCCUAAAAUCGAUCCUGUUACCAAGGAACUUGUGUGCUUUGGCUACGAAGCAAAAGGUGACGCCACGCCAGAUAUCUGCUACUACACUGUUAGUCCAGGCGGUCGAUUCAAAGAAGUCGUUUGGAUGGUAUCCCCUGUAGUUGCCAUGAUUCAUGACUUUGCAGUUACGGAAAACUAUGUAAUUUUCCCCCUAAUUCCUCAGACGUGUGACAUCGAACGGAUGAAGCAAGGUGGAGAGCACUGGCAAUGGAAUUCGGAAAUCCCAUUCUAUAUCGGGGUCCUUCCCCGGCGAGGUGCUCAAGGAUCAGAUAUCAAGUGGUUCCGAGCCCCGAAUGCUUUUCCAGGCCAUGUAUCCAACGCGUACGAGGCAGAUGACGGACAAAUUAUGCUCGAACUUCCCAUUAGUGACAAGAAUGUCUUCUUCUGGUGGCCAGACGCACAAGGAAAUGCUCCAGAUCCGCACCAAAUCACGUCGCACCUCGCGCAAUUCGCCAUCGAUCCGAAAGCAAGCAACUUGGAUAUUACUCCGCAAAUCAUUUUGAAAGAAGACAUCGAAUUCUGCCGCAUCGAUGACCGCUUCUCGAUGUCGAAACACCGACACAUCUUUUGCGACCUCAUGGAUCCAAGACUAGGCACUGAUUUCCUUGCUAUUGGCCCCGUCAUGGGUGGCGGACACCCACCAUAUAACGCAUUAGGACAUUUUGACGAGGUUACCGGCAAGUGCGAGAAAUACUUUGUCGGUCCGAAACACUUGGUUCAAGAGCCCGUCUUCAUUCCACGGUCUUUAGAUGCCCAAGAAGGUGACGGUUACCUUCUUGCAUUGGUGAAUAACUACGAGUUAAUGACGAGCGAGCUGCACUUGGUCGAUACCAGAGAUUUCUCCAAACCACAAGCUAUUGUAUUACUUCCUAUCAGGUUGAGAGCGGGGUUGCAUGGGAACUGGGUCGAAGGCCAGGAGUUGGAGCUGGUUCCAAACUGACCAGGAAUCUUUUUCAAUAGCGUUAAAAUGGAGAACUUCUUCGCACUCCAACCUGCUAUGCAAGCGGGCCCCUGUCUUCUCUACUUGCUAAUUUAGUAAAUACGUAAAGUGCGAUAUAUUAGAUCAUCUUACAAGCAUUCGC